AUGGCGAGGCCGGCGGUGCGACGACCAUCAUCCACCGCAGCGCCAAUCCGCAGGGCGGCGGUGGCGGUGGGUUUUUCAACACGUCCUCGGGGGGGAGCCCGGGGGACAGUAAUAGCGCCAGCGCCCGGAAUCUGUCCGCGGUGCAAUUCUUGCUGCAGGAGGCCAUCCACCGCGGCGCGCCGCUGUACAACAGAGGAGACAUUCCGGCGUGCUUCCAACUCUACUUCACGGUGGGCCGGACCAUUGUCUCCAUGUACGCGCGCGACGCCCCCUCGCCGGACCAGCAGACCACCGAAAUCCGCAUGUUGA